AUGGCCUUAGACCAGGCGGCGUUCCUAGUUAACGAGGUGCCUAUCUUUUCUUCUAUAAUUAUCGACUUAGUCGACUCUAUUCUCUCGGAGGCGCAAGAUGAUGGCUUGCAGACCCUGGAUGACUAUAGCCAACUUUACGAUGUCUACUGGAAGGGCACGCUACUUGAGCCUCUCAGCCCAACCCCCGGUAGAUUGACCAACUACACGCAGGACUUACUAUUCUCCAUGGAACGUCUCUCACUUAGUCCAUAUCAAGUGAAGAGACUCGAUCCCUCUUUAGAUACGUUGCAGUUCAGUGUCGAGGACAGUUUGGCAAUCAAUAUCACCGGGAUGACGCUUCCGCAGCUACUUCAGGACGGUCGACUUUUCUAUGCCGAUUAUCGGGGCCAGAUGGAUCUUGUCCCUACUGAUCGAUACUCCGCGGCCUGUGACGCUUUCUUUUAUAUCGACCAGACUUCGACAGAUUUCCUGCCUUUGGCGAUUCGCACUAAUCAGGGAUCGAGUCUUAUUUAUACACCUCGGGACGAACCAAACGACUGGCUCCUCGCGAAAAUCAUGUACAACGUCAAUGAUUUUUGGUUUGCACAAUGGAAUCAUCUCGCUGGUACUCAUGAGGUCGUCCAGAUUGUGUACCUGGCGGCGAUCAGAACUUUGAGCGACGAUCACCCAAUCCUUGCACUCCUAGAUCGUCUCACCUAUGAGAUCUACGCUAUCCAGCCGCUGGCCGAGAUCCUACUCUUUCUUCCUGGCGCAGCUGUCGAUCAGCUCUUUCCGUACACCGGGUUAUCGGCGCAGAACUAUACUACUUAUCUCUAUCAGAAUGGCAGUGGUCGCUUUCGGACUAAUUACUUCGAGCGCAACCUUGAGUUUCGUGGUUUGAUUAAUUGUCCAUUCGGCCCCGCGCUGAAGAGUUUCCCCUUCUUCGAGGACGCUUCCGUUAUUUACAGCGCUUUGAAGAUGUUUAUGACCUCCUUUAUAAACUCCUACUACGAUAACGACACAGAAGUGAUAGCCGACGAGGAAAUCCAGGGGUGGGUGCGAGAGUCGCGCGGUCCUGCCGAAGUGAUUGACUUCCCACAAGUCACGACUAGAAGUGGCCUUGUUGAUAUCCUGACGCAAAUUGUGAGUGUUAAGCAGGAAUUGCCGUGA